GACACUUGAUGGUCGACUUUUCGUUCCAAUCGCCUCACAUUCUUGCACCCAGUUUAAUUUAUUUUAUCGCGUUAAUCUGACUGAGGGAGUGCUAUGGGUGUUUGGUGCUCGUGAUCGUGGAAAUAUUUCGCGUGUGUCCAUUCAAAAUAAAUGGUGAUUUAGACUUAAAUCGUACGGCAUAAACAAUGGCGCCGAAUUUUAGUAAAAUUACUUCACGGACUGAUGUGAAAAUUGCAUUAGCAGCUUCUGCAGCACUUAGUGCCUGGGUAAUCAGGAAUUCACUAAAGUCAAGCAAACACAAAAAUGCCAAGCCCGGCCGGCUAUCACCUGAAGAACAGAUACAAUACAUGAUAAAGGAGCGAGAUAAAAAAGGUCCAAAAGCCCAGGUUGAUGCUCGGUUCAUCGCUGAACUGAAAACACUAUGGAAGAUCAUGAUGCCUUCAAUGUGGUCCAAGGAGAGCGGCUUUAUGGUCCUGAUUGCAAUCUCCUUGAUCUCACGCUCUAUGUGUGAUCUAUGGCUUAUUCAACAUAGUACAUUAAUUGAAGGAUCUAUAAUAACAAUGGAUCACAAGGAGUUUAGAAGGUUAUUAACACAAUUCUUCAUUUCCAUGCCAAUCAUAUCGUUAGUAAAUAAUGUACUAAAAUGGAGUAUAGGAGAACUGAAGUUACGACUUAGGACCAAUUUGACGAUGCACUUGUAUCAGCAGUAUCUGAAGGGCUUCACUUACUAUCAAGUUUCAAACCUCGACAAUCGGAUAUCAAACGCUGACCAGUUGCUGACCACAGAUAUAGAGAAGUUCUGCGAUACUGUUGUAGACUUGUACAGUAAUAUAAGCAAGCCUAUGCUUGAUAUCAGCAUAUAUCUGUACAGACUCACUGUUAAUUUGGGAGCUUCGACCCCUGGUAUAAUGAUGGCAUAUUUACUCUUAUCUGGAGUAUUCUUAACAUACCUCAGAAGACCAACAGCUAAGAUGACGGUCCAAGAACAGAAACUGGAGGGUGAGUUCAGAUACGUGAACUCCAGACUUAUCACAUACUCGGAAGAAAUCGCUUUCUAUCAGGGCAACCACCGAGAGCAACUGACGCUGCUGGCCAGCUUCUACAAGCUGACGAGACAUUUGCGCAACUUCCUCAACUUUAGAGUCGGCAUGGGCUUUAUAGAUAACAUUAUUGCUAAAUACAUAGCCAUCACGGUUGGUUUCUACGCGGUGUCCAGGCCAUUCUUCGCUAUGGACCACAAUCUUCUCACAACUGGAACUGAAAAUGAUAGGUUCAAGCACUACUACACAUACGGUCGUAUGUUAGUGAAAAUGGCGGAAGGCAUCGGGCGGCUGGUGCUGUCAGGCCGCGAGCUCAGCAAGCUGGCGGGGCUGACGUCCCGCGUCACGCAGCUGCGGACCGUGCUCGACGACGUCAACAGGGGCAACUACACCAGGACCAUGGUCGAUAGGAACGUGCAGAAUGGCAGCGCGGAGUUACCAGCUCUGCUAGCGCCGGGCGCGGGCCGCAUCAUCUACCAGGACAAGAUCAUUCGCUUCGACAAGGUGCCGCUCGUCACGCCCAACGGAGACGUGCUCAUUAAAGAACUUACUUUUGAAGUGAGGUCCGGCAUAAACGUACUAGUUUGCGGUCCGAACGGUUGCGGCAAAUCCUCCAUGUUCCGGCAGCUGGGCGAGCUGUGGCCCAUAUUCGGCGGAACGCUCACCAAGCCGCCUAAAGGGAAACUGUUCUAUGUACCACAGAGACCGUAUAUGACGCUCGGUACUUUGAGGGAUCAGAUAAUCUACCCGCAAACCCGCGACGAGAUGUUCCGCCGUGGCCGCGCAGACGAGCAACUGCAUCGUUUCCUCGACAUCGUGCAGCUAUCCUACCUCACCAACCGCGAGGGCGGACUUGAUGCUGUGGAAGACUGGAUGGAUGUACUUUCCGGGGGAGAGAAGCAGAGGAUAGCUAUGGCGCGUCUGUUCUACCACGAGCCGCAGUUCGCCAUCUUGGACGAGUGCACCAGCGCCGUCUCCGUCGACGUCGAGGGACAGAUGUACCAGUACUGCAGAGAGGUGGGCAUCUCCCUAUUCACGGUAUCACACCGCAAGUCCCUAUGGAAGCACCACGACCACUACUUACAAAUGGACGGCCGAGGAGGUUACGUCUUCGAAGAGAUUGACAACGAAACGCAAGAGUUCGGCUCGUGAUCCUCCCCCCUGCUAGACACCUUCAUACAGAUCGCUGUUGACGCGUUCCUUGAUCUAAUGCACUUGGAGCGUUGGGAUCGUGUCGCCAAUUUUACUAUCGUGUAAUAUUUAAGAUAAUUGUCUAUUUGAUAAGGCUAACAUGAAAAUAAUGUUUAGUGUAAGCAAGAAAAAUUUAUAUGGCAUCACUUUUGGAUGUCAGUGUCUUCUGCAAUCUGUCUGUAUAGACAAAGUCGCAAGUAUAACCGGUCAGCUAUGAACGGUAACAGUAUCUGUGUAAAAUAAGUUUCAAUUCAAAAGAGUUUUUGUGCAAUAUCUGCAUAAGUAUUUAGUUGUUCCUUUUUGGAAUUAAAAAAGACAACGCUUCCUGUGCAUUAGUCGUGUAAAAUAAAAAAAGAAAUUGAAGAAUUCAACUUUUGUUGAUCUACACUAUUAUAUAAACAGUUGUAAAAAUAUCUAAGAUUAAUGUGAAAAACUUGUACUCAUAUGACAACUUAUAUUCUACGAUUUUUACCUUACUAUCUUAUAAAAUCUUCGUCGAAAAAUUUAUAUACCAUGGGCUCAACUAUACAAACUAAACUAAAUACAUGAAAUCACACUACUUAUAUUAGAUGUAAAACUAAUUUCAUUAUAACUAGAGUCCGAAUUAGUUUAGUGAACCUAUAAAAUCAAUAUACAGUAAAAUAAGCAAGUCCUAUCUACUCAAACUCAAUUUUUUUUAUUUCAAAUAGGCCUAUGAAGGCUCUUUCGAAACGUCAAAGUUAGGUGCACGGUUCCAAAGACUUACAUUAUAAUUCCAUACUUCAAUCCAUUCUCUUCUAAAACGAUAUUUUUAAUAAACCAGUAAAAUCGAUGCACUUUUAGCAAAGUUUUUAACAUUUAUAUAUUCAAGGGGUUCAGCUAUUCAAAAUGUACAUGUUAUUUAAUUUUAUCUUUUAACAAAUUCAAUAGAAAUAUGAAAUAUAAUUAUUUAUAAUUGAUGUAUUUUAAAUGUGCUAAAUCAUAAUAUACUCGUCAAUGUACAAUUCUCAAAUACUUAUUGUAUGUUCAAAAAUGUAAUCAUUUUGUACUGUAUAACAACACUAAUAGAUGAUAGAAUGAAUUACCAUAAUUAUAGCCUCAGACUAUUGUUAUCAGAACAUUUUAACUAACUAAUAUAAUUACCAGAAAUAUCUUUUUACUCCGUAAAGUGUCUAAAUAUUAGUAAUAAGGUUCUAUUCUAUCAGAUCAGAGGCAUACGAUUCUCUUAGCCUUUCCUUCGUUUUAAUAAUACAAGUACGUAGGUACGCAAAUUUAUAUACUUGUCUAAUUUUCGUGUUUAGAGUAGCUAUAUACGAGUUACCACUGAGGAAAGUUAUACAAUGUAAGAAAUAUAAUUAUUAUUCUGUAUAUAGAGACAGUUAUUUAUUAAUGUUAUGUGAUAGUCAACAAUUUCAAUGACAUAAAACUUUUAUUCAAUAGAAGAUGAUGUAAUUAUCUUUCGAUCAAUCAAUUUUCUAAGAUGUGAAAAAUAAAGUAGAAAACUAUCAGGAUUUCUAUUAUGCUCAGCAAUUAGUAUUUAUCUUGAGGCUCCUUGUCAUAGAAAAGUUCGUCGUAGUACGUCUAUUACUUUACGCGUCUAUGAACACGCCAUGACAAAUAAAGCGGUUCACACACGAGAGACCACGCGUCCAUGAAACAAACGCGCAACCGCCUCACUGGUCACAUUUUUACUCAAAACAAACUGACAAUGAAAUGGCCUUGAUAUCAACAAUACUUAUUUGCCUUCUAUCAACACGUAAUAAACGAAUUCUGCAUAAAAUUAACAAGGCCAUCGUAUCGCGCCUUCGUUUUACUUGAGGCCAUGGCCCAUUAUUUGUAUAAUUUACUGUGAAAAUGUUGUUCGAUGUGACAUUGCUGUGAUAGAUGUUAAGUUUUGUUGUUCUUAACGUGUCGGUGGGUGCUGGGUCAAUAAAGAGGGUUCAGGAAUAUUA